AUGUCGAUGAGAACGAGAAUUCGUGGUUUCACAGCCUGGGUGAACCUGCGUAUCAAUCCCUACAAUCAUCUGUUAAAUAACGUCUUGAUGGACAUAUUGACAGGGACUAACAUGAAAUAUUUCUUAGAAAGUUUUACAGGACGCGAUUUAAAAAGACUUGAAACUUUUGAUGGAUUAACAGCCCAACAGAAGAUCACAAGAGUUGAUUGGAUUGUAGAUGAACUAAAAGCAUGUAAAGUUAUUCCUGAAGAUGUCCAUGUUGAUUCUAGAUUGUUUGCUAUGAGAAGUACAGAUCAUGUAUUUGAUUUAAUAUGGAGAUUAAUCAGUCAUGAUAUUUGGUUUGUGUGGGAAAGAGUCGAGUUUCUACAACAUGACGAUAUUGAUAUUCUUACUCAGGUUCCUUUUAAGUGGACUCCAGAUCCCCCACCCCAGAAGAAGAAAAAGAGUAAAUCUAAACAAUCUUUAUUAACUGGGUUUGGGUCAUCUUCAAUGGUGGAAGACACAUCUGUAGAGCCAGAACCAGAUGAAGAAUGGGUUCAGUUUCCACGUGCUGAUUUUAUGAAGAACUUCAAGAAGAAAAGACGAGAUUUCGGGAAAUAUCCGACACCAGAGAAUUGUAUUUUAGAAAUGGUUAAUACACAGUUAAAGAAAACUAAAGAAGGCAGAUCAAUCCAUUGUUAUACAGUAGAUGAUUUGGUAGAUAGUCGUGUUUUAUGUGCCCUCGUUAAUUCGUUUGUACCAAGUACAUUUACUGCUGAUUUAUUACUUAAUGACAGAUGGACAAUUAACCUGAUUCUAAGAACAGCUGAGAGAAUGUUUUAUAUUAAUACACCAUUUGAUUCUGAGGACUUGGUAGACGCUGACCCGAUGGCCGUGUGUAGUUAUUUUUGUUUUUUCUUUAUGUGUGCCUAUAAAUAUCGUCAACUGAAGGCUGUUAUUAAUAGAAUAGAUUGGAUCAAGAAAUUGAUGAGAGAAUGUUAUCAAGUUAUAAACAGACUUCCAGAAACACCGACCGGGGCCUCACAAAUACAACAGAAGAAAGAUAUGCUGAAGGAAACGGGCAGGCAUAAAGAUGCUAUUGUCAUCAUGGAGAAAAGGUAUGACGUAACUUACGGGAGAAAAUGGCUGCAAGAUGUCGAGAACUGUAAACUGGAGGCUCGUAAAGAAAUAAAAAAGAAGAUUAAAGAUAGAUUUGAUAUUAUUACAAUACCACGUAAUAUCACUAUUAACGAUCUGUGUUUAUCAUUCGUUAUCAACUUGAGUUUAACGAAUGGAUCUGGGUUUUAUCUACUGGAGACUAAAGAAAUGUUGACUGAUGGACGAAAAGUGGUUUUAUUUAACAAACAAACUGAAGAGUUCCUUGAUGAUUUUACUGUCAAAACAAAAGUGCCCAUAAAGAAAAUAUUAAAGCUACCAGAUGUCAAUGUUGUGGAGUUGAAUCCACAGAAUUAUCCUCAAUAUGAUAUUUAUGUGGAAGCUUCAAGCAGAAACAAACAGAUGAAAAAUGGCACUAAAUUUUUAUACCAAGUUUUUCCAGGCAAUACUGUCACAUGGCAGAGACAUUUUAUAAAAUGUGCACGAGAGAAUGAUUAUGACGUUGUGGAUAAAAUGAUUACGUUUUUUAUGGGUUCAGGAUCGUUUGUCAACUGUAAAGAACCUAAGUCUGGGAUGUCAGCUUUACAUUGGGCCAGUCGCGAGGGUAAUACAGAUAUUGUAUUAUUGUUGUUAGAAAAUGGAGCCAACAUCGAUGCCAAAAAUAAUUUUAAAUGUACUCCAUUUCAUUCUGCUGUCGAGGGCUUACAGAGGAAAAUCUGUCAUAUAUUAAUAGAAUGGGGUUGUGAUGUACAUAUAAAAAACAAUCGAGGUCAAACUCCAAUAGAAUCAGCUAAAAAUGAUGAUUUUAAACAGUAUUUAGUUGAAUUAUACACCCACUAUUCAGAAAUGGUGCCAAGAAUUAUGAAUGGUGAUAUGGAAUUAUUGAAAAAAGUCAUCAAGGAACAGGAAGUUAGUGGAGACCAGUUCCACUCUAUACAGAGCAGAUGUAUUAAUGGAAGUACGUUAUUACACACAGCCUGUUACUAUGGUGAUAAAGACGUCGUAUUAGAAUUAUUAUCUAAACAUCGGUUCCCUGUUAGUCUCCUUGACUACAAGUCUGCUACUCCUUUACAUAGAGCUAAAGAUGUCAGCACAAUGGAGAUAUUAUUAGAAUGUGAAGCUGUAAUUGAUAGUGAAGAUUGUGAAGGGAAUACACCUCUACAUGUUAAAUGUUAUGGUGAAUCAGGGAAACCGUCCGAACUUCCCUGUAUCGAAUUGUUACUCAAUAAAAAAGCUGAUCAAACAAAACGGAAUCAUAAGGGUCUGUUGCCGAUUCAUUGUUGUGCUAUGCAGGGUCGUACUGACGUGAUGCAGUUACUGAUGACUUUUGACACGGAGCAGAAAUUAAUUCGAACACUGAACGAAGAAGAAGAUCGACAUCCACCUAGCUUAUUACAUCUUGCUCUAGCUAACGAUUUUAUUGAUGCCUCUUACUGGUUAAUGGAGAAUGGUUUUAGUUUUAAAGAGAAGGAACCUGAUAUUCUAUUAAAGAGAAUUUUAACAGAGCAGAUUAAAUUAAAUGACCGAGCUGUAGCUGCUAAGUUUUUGAUGGAGAAUGGAGCUGACCCUAAUCCACAUUACCCUGGUGGUAAUACGGCUUUACACUAUGCCUCUAGUCUGAGUGGUACGACAGAUAUUUUAGAGUUGAUUUUAACGUUCGGUGGUGAUGUAGACCUGAUGAAUGAUGAAGGGUGCACGCCACUUUUCUUCGCCACUCAAUCUAAUAAUCAACUAGCAGCUUGUAUUCUGAUUGGACAGGGAGCUUCGGUCAGACAUAAAAACAUGCAAGGUCUGACAGCGUUUGAUUAUAUCGUGGAUUUUGAAGAGUGGAUUGAAUCAGGAUAUUUUACUGAUGAUGUUAAAGCUAGACUGAAAGCAUAUAGUUUAAAACACGCUCGAGAUUUGAUCCGAGCUAUUACUAAACGUGUCAAACCAACAUCUAACCAACCUGGACGUUCAGAAAUGGGGAAGUCUACAAUCUCAUUGAAGUCCCAGACAUCCAGUCCUGUAGCGUGGAGUCGAUCUCAAGUAUCCCACAAUUCCAUCACUCAAUACCAACCUGCUAUUUUACCUCCCAUUGGUCAGACGAGUGGUGGAUAUUUGAUGUUUUAACUGUCAAUCUGAACUAACGUACCAAGAGUAAUUAGACAUGAUCCCUAUCUGAUUCUAAUACAAACCUAGAUGAAAAUAAAUCCAGAUAUGGAAGAUCUAAUUCAGUGCCAACAGGGCAUGUUCCGACCCAUCAAAAUGGGGGUUGUCUCUUAAGAAAGGUAUUUGUCUCGUUCCCUAUCUGAUUCAAAUACAAAUCUUGUUAUAAAAAGUUCACAAACAAUAGAUCUAUAUCUCCAAUUAACCCUGUUUCUUAGACAAAUCCCAUGAUUCAAACAUCUUGUCAAAGACCAAACUUGUAAAUUUUCACACAACUUUCUUAUGAAAAAGCUAAAAUGAAAUGAAUUUUCCUACAACUGAUAUUGUAAAUUGAUUUAAAGCAUCAGGUAGAAUAUUUUUUGGAGAAAGGGUAAAGCCUGAAACUGAAAAUGCAACCAAAUACAGCAUUUUUUAUGUCCAAGAAUGUGACAGCCUUAUAAACAAGUAAACCAAAACAGCAUUAUGUUAUGUUAAAUUGUUAAAAAUACAUUAUCUGUGAUAUUUAAAUCUUAAGUUUCUAUAAAAUAUUUAUUUGAUAAAAUAAACCAAAGAUAAAA